GCAAACAUAACUGCGCCUCUCUCGCCGGUUACAAGACAAUUACUCUCCCUCGCUCUCUGUCUCUCUCUCUCUCUCUCGCUAUCUCUCUCUUCUCUCUUUUAACUUCUUGAAGUUUCUCAGACGAUUUCAGUCUCUCUAUCUGCAUUUCGAUUCCGCCAUUUUCAUCUCUCUCUGUCUCUCCCUUUCUCUGUGAAAGGGAUGUCGGGAAAAGCUCUCAGAGUUCUCAACACACUUCCAGGAUCUGAGAAGAAAAAUGAAAGUUCUAGUAAAGGGAGCUUUAUAAAGGCUUAUGUUGAGAACUCCAAUGAAAACCAUACUAAAUGGCAGACUGAAAAUCCUGCUUCAUUGGUCUCUACUCCAAAUGAAAUUGAAGUUGUGAGUACUGGUGUAGAGGUGGGAACUGCAGAAGUAGAGUACAUAGAAUCUGAGAACCUGAAUGAUAUUGAAGAUGUGGGAUCGAGUGUCAAUACUUUGUUAGCAAGACUAGAGUCCAAGGAUUGGGUUUUGGUCUGUGAGGCCCUUAAUCUUGUUCGGCAGCUAUCAAUUUUUCACAAGGAAACCAUGCUUGAAAUUUUGGGGAAUGUGAUCUCACUCAUAGUAAAAUCCUUGAAGAAUCCAAGAAGUGCUGUCUGUAAAACUGCAAUUAUGACAUCUGCAGACAUUUUCAGCGUCUAUAGAGAUGAUAUUAUUGAUUCAGUUGACCCUCUUCUUGUACAGCUUCUUCUCAAGUCUUCACAAGAUAAGCGCUUUGUAUGUGAGGCUGCGGAGAGAGCUUUGAUAACAAUGACCACUUGUGUCUCCCCGUUUCUGUUAUUGCCAAAGUUGCAACCAUAUCUUAAGCACAAGAAUCCUCGAAUACGAGCAAAGGCAUCUAUGUGUUUUUGUCGAAGUGUACUACGACUUGGCACAGAAGGCAUCAAUGACUACGGAAUUGAUAAAUUGAUCCAGAUAGCUGCAUCCCAACUUAGCGACCAGCUUCCCGAGUCAAGGGAGGCUGCUCGCACCCUUGCUUUGGAACUGCAGACUGUAUACGAGAAAUCCCACGUCCCACAACCGGCAGAAUCCGAGCAACCGGCAGAAUCUGAGCAACCGGCUGCAGAUUCUUGGGUGGACUUCUGCCAAGCGAAGCUGUCGCCAUUGAGUGCACAGGCCAUUAUUCGUGUUACCUCGAUUCCAAGAGAGGGUCUGGUUGUUGGUUCCUAAUGUCGAAGGUACUGCAUGCCCUAGAAUAUGAGCUUUCCCAUGAUUUUAUACUCAUUUAAGGUUUUUAUUCAUCUUCCCUACAAGAAUAUGAGCCUGUCUUUUGUUGUUUCACCUGUAAAUGUUGUGAUGAAGUGAGAUACAUUUAUGAUUCAUUUUGAUGGAUGCAUAGUGCUGGAGUUGUAUGUCUCUGUUCCGGGUAAUGUUGAAAUUUCAUAUAGAUUACCCUUCUGCCA